AUGCUAAAAGCAAUUCCAUAUAUUUCAGGGAAAAUUGCCCAAGGUCAAGAAAUUGCAGUAAAAAGACUUUCCCAGAGAUCAGGACAAGGAGUGAAGGAGUUCAUGAAUGAGGUCACCCUGAUAUCUAAACUCCAGCACAGAAAUCUAGUGAGGCUUUUGGAUGUUGCAUACAAGGAGACGAAUUCUACCAAACGAACACUGUUAGAUUGGACCAAACGUGUAUCCAUUAUUGAAGGAACUGCUCAAGGGCUUCUUUAUCUCCAUAGUGGCUACAUGGCUCCUGAAUAUGCCAUGGAUGGUCUCUUUUCCGAAAAACCAGAUGCGUGGAAUUGUGGAAGGAAAACACCGCUGGAACUUCUGGACUCUACAGUAGCUAAUUCUUCAUGUUCAGCAAGUGAAGUUGUUCGAUGCCUUCAAUUAGGUCUCUUGUGUGUUCAAGAGAGAGCUGCAGAUCGUCCUUGCAUGUCAGAUGUCAUAUCCAUGCUUAGAAAUGAUACCAUUGUUCUUCCUCUACCCAAAGAACCUGCAUUUCUGGCACAAUUCACCAGUGGUACUGACAGUCAUUCAUCACGAAACCAGAAUAGAGAUCAUUCAGAAAUGAAAUAA